GGAAACAUGGCCAAAAAGCGCACGUUGAGCGCGGUGGUGCAGGCGUCGGCGUCGGAAGGGCGACAGGAAUUGAAUGAAGAGACCAAGAGCGACGAUGAGCAUCAUAGAGAUGCCGUAGCUCAGGAUGAUGGCAAUGACGAGACGGAAGACUCGGUGUACAUCUCGGUGGAGCUCACGGACUUUGCCGACUUUCCCAUUCUUGACAAGCACGACGCAUUGGAAAUUGAAAACUUGGAGAGCGACCGACCCAUUCUGCGCAUUGGAGAGUAUGUACUGUAUGGAACGUACGAAGAUGCGCUUGGAACGGACGUGUUCUACGACAUGCACCCACCUGCCAACGCCGAGGACGCAACAACAUCGAGCUCUGCAGCGACAUGCUCGUUUGUCGGAUCUGCCAUGAAGCGCCUCAAGUUUGUCAUUGACCCGAAUGAAAAGCGGCAAUUCCUCCGGAAACCAACUAAAAUUUAACCCGAUCUUGUUUGCAUGAA